GUACCCGCUCCCCCAAUCCCUUCUUAUACUCGCAUUUCCACACACUCCUCAUUCAUCAAUCUCCAACUGACAACCUUAACCGAAAACAAACCCUAAACCUUAAACCUUAAAUCUUAAACGAUGAAGAAGCUCAUCAGCAGACUCUCUCGAGUUGCCGACUCAUCUCACUACUCUCUUUUGCGCUCGGACUCCCGCUUCUCCCAUCGGUCCCGGACGCCUAAAUCCCGCCGCUCUGGCGGAGUCCCCGAGGGACACUUACCGGUUUACGUGGGUGACGAGAUGGAACGGUUUAUCGUCAGCGCGGACCUACUCAACCACCCAAUCUUUAUCAACUUGCUUAAUAAAUCGGCUCAAGAAUACGGGUACGAGCAGAAAGGUGUCCUUCGGAUCCCGUGUCAUGUUCUUGUGUUCGAACGGGUACUAGAAGCCAUGCGGCUCGGCGAAGAAGCUUCUUAUGAGCAGCUCCAGAUUCUACUUGGAGAUGAAUUUGUUUGUUAGGUUAAUGUUUUUGUUAAUUAGGAUUAGUUGCAUCUUAAUUAUCUAUUAAUGUUUAGAUAUGUGAUGGCUGGCAGAUCGGGUUUUUUAUGUGGUCUGUACAUACUGAUUUUCAUGUGUAAAUUAAACAUGAGGCCGUUAAUUAAGUGUUUUUCGGCCGUUGUUCUUGCUUUAUUAAAUUAGUUUUAUUUAUUUUAUAA